AUGAACGAGACGGAAGCAAAUUACAGCCAGCCAAAACUCGAGUUGUAUGGACUAUACCGAGCCUUGCGGCGAUGGAGACUGUAUCUCGUAGGCAUCAAAACCCUCCACGUGGAAGUAGAUGCCAAGUACAUCAAGGGCAUGCUUAACGAGCCAGACCUUCAACCAAAUGCUACAAUCAACAGAUGGAUCCAGGGGAUUCUGAUGUUUGACUUCAAGCUGAUCCAUGUACCCGCCACCCAACACAAAGGGCCUGACGCACUCUCACGACGA